CAUUAUAUAAGUUGACAGCAUUCGGAGCUUUAACUAAAGAAAAUGGCAUUCAAAAGAGAAUAUGCAUAUUUCUUUGCCGUAAUGAUGGGAAUGGCGAUGCUCAUGGCGGCUGCAACUAGCGUUGUCGCUGAGGGAGACACAGAGAGAUCGAAACCCCAGCGCCUGUCUCAGAAUACUACUGAGGCGCCUAUUGCUGUCAAAUUGUCAAAGACAACGGAAAUGAAAUCUGGGGCGUCUGAUAAUCUUCCAGGCGAUUCUACUGACAUGGCGAUAUACGAGCAGGCGCAUAAAAGGACAAAAAUCCUAUACAUCAUCAUUUUGCUAUUGCUCGCUUUUCUGGCUUUUCUCUGGUUCCAUCGUUUUCUCGCGGAUUUUAUAUUCAUUUAGCCUUUGAUGAGAGUCAGAACUCAAGAUUUCUUACCAUUUGACAGAUAUCCUGAUAAGACCUUUUCCCGCUCUUUUGGAGCAGUCGAUGUGUCGAAUCCAAUGGAUUUUGGAACAAUCCCUCUCUAACAAUUUUAUGCAGAAUAGCUAAAUCUUCUCCAAAUUCUGGUUCUCUUAUUUUCACUGAACAGAAUUUUAUCAUGAUUGGAGUUAAUCUAGAAAGUACUGGUUAAAAUUUA